CUCCCUUAAACUGACGCAACAAAAACAUAUGUUCAUCUCACAUGUGCUGAGCUUUUGUCCGGUUUUUAUAAGAACUUUUAUUUGUUUUAUUUGCAUUAAUCAACAAUUGUCAACUUAUUGAUGGGUGUUCAGUGUAUUGAUAAGAUUUUUCUCAAUGGUCUCACCUGCAAACUUGAUCUUGUUGAAAAAUUUAAAUCUCACAAGAUUGGGAAUUGUAAAUUUAGUACCAUUCUGAAUACAACUUGUUCUGAGUUGUUGAAUAGUGCUUCAACUGUAUCCGAGUCGCAUGAACAUGGCGAUGGUAAUAAACAAAUCGGACUCAAUUCGCCUAGUGAUUUGACACCAGGAGUUUAUGAAGGGGGUUUCAAAGUUUGGGAGUGUUCAAGGGACAUGAUUGAGUUCAUUGAAAAUGAAUUAAAAUUAACUGGACCAGUCGACUGUUUAGAUCUUGGUUGUGGAAGCGGGAUUGUUGGUAUUUACUUACUUAAAUUAACUGGUAGUAAUGUUGAUUUUCAAGAUUUCAAUCAUAACGUCUUAAAAUAUUAUACUUUACCCAAUAUUUUGAUUAAUCUUAAAGAAAAUAAUGAAAGUUUCAAUGAAAUUUGGAACAAAGCUCAUGGACGGAUUAAACUAAUUUCUGGUGACUGGUCAAACUUUCCAAAUGAUAAAAAAUAUGACCAUAUUUUCAGCUGUGAAACCAUCUAUAAUACGGAUAAUUACAGCAAAUUAACUGAUAUUUUACUAAAUUGUUUAUCCCCAAAUGGUGCCGCCUACUUUGCAGCAAAAAGUUAUUAUUUUGGUGUUGGUGGAGGAACCCAAGAAUUUCAAGAUUUCAUAAAAGAUUUACCUUCUCGACCGUUGAUUUGUGAACAAAUUAAAGUGAUUGAAGAUUGUGUUGAGAGAAAUAUUAUAAAAAUAACUCACAAUAGCUCAUAAAAAAUUUUCCAGCCCAAAAUCAUCUGAUUUAUAUGCUCAAUUGACAAUGCCAACUGGUAUACAGUUGUAUCAAGCAACGAUUAUCACUUAAAAGUUGUUUACUGAAUUGUCCAUUGGUUCCAUGGUAAACAACCUAGAAAUUUAGUUGCGUAUUAUUCCCAUGACAUGAUGUGACUUGGAACUUUCCAUACGGUUCUAAAAUUAACUCUCUUUUAUUUGUGUCCCUGAUGAAAAAAUUCAUAAAAAGACCAUUUAUCUUUCAAUCUCGUUA